UUGCCAUUUACAACAACAUGGAUGGACUUUGAGGGCAUUAUGCUAUGUGAAAUAAGUCAAGCAGAGAAAGACAAAUACCAUAUGAUCUCAUUUACAUAUGGAAUAUUUUUAAAAAUACAAGCAAGUUCAUAGACACAGAGAACAGACUGGUAGUUGCCAGAGGUGGGGGUGGGCAAAAUAGGUGAAGGGGGUCAGAAUGUACAAACUUAUUUAUGGCUAUAAAAUAAAUAAGUCCUGGGGAUGUCAUGUACAGCAUGGUGACUAUGGUUAAUAAUACUGCUUUGUAUAUUUGAAAGUUGCUACGAGAGUAGACCUUAAAAGUUGUCAUCACAAGAAAAAAAACAUUGCAACUGUGAAUAGAAUGUUAGCUAGAUGGAUGGUAUUGUGGUAAUCCUUUCACAGUAUAAACUAACAUCGAAUCAUUAUGUUGUAUGCCUGAAACUCAUGUAAUAUGUCAAUUACACCUUAAUUAAAAAUAAAGAAAAAGUAAAUAUUCUAGGUAUGAGCAAAGGCUGAAAAGCACGAAAGAGCAGGACAUAAGAGGGAAUGGAAAGUGUGUGGAUUGAGGUGAUGUUGGGGGAGGCUUGCGGAAAAGGGGAAGCUUGGCAGGAGAUGAGGCUGAAGACGUGAACAGGAGCCUCCUGAUAAAGGGCCUUGAAGCCGUAGUAAGUCAUCUGAGUUGGAUCUGGAGGACAGUCGGGAACCACUGAAGGCCUUUAAGCAUCUCAAGACUUAAACAUGGGAUGAUUUAAAGACCUUCACAGGCCCUUAACAUUUUUACUACUGGAGGUUCCACCCCACAUCACAUCAAACAUCAUAAAAUAAAUACACAUUUCAACUAUUUUUAAUUAAAAAAUUGAGAGUAGUUUUUAAACUCUUAUUUGGAAUUAUUAUCAAUUGAUUGUUUUCAAUUUUCACAGAUUUGUAUUUCUAUUUGAAGCCAAUGAAAUUUUGGUAGGGGGAAUGGAGGUGACAGGCCCUUAUAGGGCUCACAGACUCCAUGCUCUUGUGUCAUGGUAUCUAAUGAAAACCAAACGGUGACAUGAUCAGAUUUAUGAUUUAGUAAGAACACACUUAAGAAAAUAGAGUGGAAAGUGUUGUUCAGUAUAGGAUUUCAGUUUUACAAGAUGUAAAAGAUCGCAUAACAAUGUGCAUAGUUAGUACUACUGUACUGUAUGCUUAAAAAUGCUUCAGAUGGUAGUUCUGUUAUUGGCUUUCUUUAAAACCACAAUAAAAGGAUGAUAGAGUAGAGACUGGAUAGGGAAGAUCAGUCCUGGGUUGCCAGUUAGGAGGCGGCUGCUAUAAUAUAUCUGGCAGAUGGUCAAGGCUUGAACUAAAGGAAAGAGAGUGAAUAGAUUGAGAGAAUUAUAAUACUUAAGUUUGGAGGAAUCAACAGGAACUGGAUGCUGAAUUUGAAAGAUGAGGCAAAGGGAUGCGGCAAGGAUGGUGCAUCACCUUGGGCAACUAGGUUAUGCCUACUGUCAGGCUGGGCACCCAGGGGAAGUAGUGGCCAAUGGGAAGGAAGAGAGGAGCUUUGGGUUUAAGGCACAAGUGGAAUCUUUAAGGGGAGGUGUCCAAGAAGCAUCUGGACACCCUGAUCUGGAGCUCAGGAGACAAAUGCAUCGUGGAUUUCUGUUGGGAGCUACCAACAUGAGGAAGAAUUGGAAAUGUGAAAGGAUGAGGCUGAUUUAAAUGAGAGGAGAGCCUCCAUCAAAGCCCCAGGGACCUACAAUCCACGGAAGGCCACGGGAAAAGCAACCAUAAGCGUUCUGAGAGGGAGUCUCCAGGAGGUGGGCCUGAGCAGGAAGUGAACCAAGGGACGAGGUAGCCCAAGGGGGUCCAAGGCAGGAGGUGGGCCGAGGCAAACCAACAAUAGCCCGAUCUCGUCUUACAAAAUUCAAAAUGACUGGGCAGAGAGGUUAAGCGACUACCUCGAGGCCACCCAGCGGGAGGGCCAGACAGGCCUUCUCACUCGGGGCUCGGUUCUCCUCCCCUUGCUCUCCCCACCCUGACCCGCAGAGGAGCCCAGGGAAGACGCACCCCUGCCCUGUCUCAGCAGGCCUGCGGGGCAUGUCCCUCAUCCCCUGGCUCCGGUGGAACGAGGCCCCGCCACGCCUGUCGUCCCGCAGCCCAGCUGAGAUGGUGCUGGAGACGCUCAUGAUGGAGCUGGCGGGGCAGAUGCGGGCGGCUGAGCGGCAGCAGUGGCAGCGCGGCCACGCCGUCAGGAAGGUCUGCACCGGGGUGGACUACAGCUGGCUGGCCAGCGCGCCCCGGCCCACCUACGACCUCAGCCCGGGCGAGCGGCUGCAACUGGAGGCCGUCUGUGCCAAGAUCCGCCCUUCCUACUGCGGGCCGGCCAUCCUCAGGUUCCGGCAGCUGGUGGCGGAGCACGAGCCCGAGGCGCGGGAGGUGUCCCGGCUCUUCCGCUCGGUGCUGCAGGAAGUCCUGGAGAGGAUGAAGCAGGAGGAGGAGGCCCACAAGCUGACGCGGCAGUGGAGCCUGCGGCCCCGCGGCGGCCUGGCGCUCGCCACCUUCAAGACCCGCGCGCGCAUCGCCCCCUUCGCCAGCGACAUACGGACCAUCUCAGAGGACGUGGAGCGGGACACGCCGCCGCCUCCCCGGACCUGGAGCAUGCCCGAGUUCCUGGUGCCCAAAGAGGACUGA